AUGGGAAAAAGUAGCAAGGACAAAAGAGAUCUUUAUUACAGAAAGGCCAAAGAGCAGGGAUUUAGAGCUCGCUCUGCAUUCAAGCUGCUGCAGCUUGACGAGCAAUUCCAUUUUCUGGAUAACGUCACCAGAGUAGUGGAUCUCUGUGCAGCACCUGGGUCGUGGUCACAGGUGCUCUCCAGACGUCUCUUCGAAGGAGACACUGAAGACAACGCUUCGAAACGUAUUGUCGCUGUGGAUUUGCAACCGAUGUUUCCCAUUGACAAUGUCACCACGAUACAGGCCGAUAUCACGCAUCCCAAGACUUUGAACAAAAUUAUGGAUCUUUUUGAAGGGGAGAAGGCGGAUUUUGUGUGCAGUGACGGCGCUCCCGACGUAACGGGACUUCAUGAUUUGGAUGAAUACGUUCAACAACAAUUAAUUUUAAGUGCACUGCAAUUGACCACCUGCUUGCUGCGCGAGGGCGGUGUGUUUGUUGCUAAGAUUUUCAGAGGCCGUGAUAUCGAUAUGCUCUAUUCCCAGCUCAGUUACCUUUUUGAGCGAGUGGUCUGUGCCAAGCCAAGAUCUUCCCGGGGUACGUCAUUAGAGAGCUUUGUUGUGUGCAUUGGGUAUAAACCACCCCAGAACUGGAAGCCUUGCUUAGAUGUAAACAUGUCAGUGGAAGACUUCUUCCAAGGUUGUGAGAUUGGCAGAUUGAGCCUGAGUGACAAGUUACCGGACUAUAAAGAGGAGCCAAGAAGUAUUGCCGAAUUUAUCUCCUGUGGCGGCCUGGAUAGCUUUGAUUCGGACGCUACCUAUCACGAUGUGCCUGCCGAUUCAACUGCUUUAGAUCCUGUUCAACCUCCAACGAAUCCACCCUACAAACGUGCUCUAGAGUUGAAACGUAAGGGAAUGUUCACGCGAACGAUAUAG